AUGGAGAACAGAACAGAAGUGAGAUGCUUCAUCCUGGUGGGACUCACCAAUGACCCAAGCCUGCAGCUUCCACUCUCUAUCACGUUCCUCCUCAUCUAUAUCAUCACCCUUAUAGGAAAUCUUGGGCUGAUCUUGAUGAUUCUCUUGGAUUCUCGGCUCCACACUCCCAUGUACAUUUUCCUAGGUAACCUGUCUUUAGUGGACUUUUGUUAUUCUUCAACAGUAACUCCAAAGGUCAUAGCUGGAUUCCUUACAGGAGACAAGAUCAUGUCUUACAAUGCUUGUGCCUCUCAGAUGUUCUUUUUUGCAAACUUUGGAGAUGUGGAAAACUACCUUUUAGCCUCAAUGGCCUAUGAUCGUUAUGUAGCAGUGUGUAAGCCCCUACAUUAUGCUACCACCAUGACAACACACAUGUGUGCAUCUUUAGUCAUUGGCUGUUAUAUCUGUGGUUUCCUCAGUGCUUCCAUCUAUACUAUGGAUGCAUUAAGUCUCUCCUUCUGUGAAUCUAAUGUGAUCCAUCAUUUCUUCUGUGAUGUCCUUGCAGUAAUGAUUGUAUCUUGUUCUGAUAGCCAUGUUAAUGAACUGAUUCUUAUUUAUGUAGUCAGCUUCAAUAUGUUUUUUGCCCUUAUAAUCAUCUUAAUAUCCUACAUGUUCAUUUUCACCAACAUACUGAAGAUCCACUCAUCUGCAGGAUAUCACAAAGCUGUUUCCACAUGUGCCUCGCACUUCACAGCAGUCUCUAUUUUCUAUGGGACUAUCAUAUUCAUGUACUUGCAGCCUAGCUCCAGUCACACCAUGGACACUGACAAAAUUGCAUCUGUGUUCUACACCAUGGUCAUCUGCAUGUUGAACCCUCUGGUUUACAGCCUGAGGAGCAAGGAUGUGAAAAGCGCAUUCACAAAAAUUGUAUUGAGGUCAAAAUGA